AUGGAUAAGGUUAAUGAUAACGAUCAGGAGGUGGAGGAGGUGAAAUCUUUCAAUACUGUUUUAUCUCCCACGCUGUUCUCGUUGUAUGUCAAUGACAUGCCAAAAAUCCCCGGUGUAAACUACGCUUUGUUUGCUGACGACACAGCGUUCUAUGCGUCAUCACGAUCCCCAGCUAGGCUCACUUCACUUCUCCAGCGCGCAGCAGACUCCCUAGGCGACUGGUUCAACCGGUGGAGAAUUGAGGUGAACUCUGAUAAAAGCGUCGCUAUUCUUUUCACCAGCAAGAACGGCGGCCUACAACACACUCAGAAUAAUUAUGAUAAAAUAAAGCUUUUUAAUAAACCCAUUCAAUGGAGCGAAAACGCAAAAUAUCUGGGCGUCACAAUGGACAGUCGUCUCAAUUUCCACAGGCAUAUCAAAACAGUACGCUUCGGAAUAUAUUAUAUAAUUUUUGUUGUCGACAUGGCGAACAAAGUGAGACCCGAACUAGUCACUAGUUGGAUUGUUAAUAAUCCGGAACUUGUAUAUGACGAAGCAAGUGGUAUCAUAUUUUGCACCAAAUGCGAGACCUCUUUCAAAGCCACGAAGAAAGGCAACGUUGAUCGGCACAUCAAUGGAGCCAUACAUCAAGGCAGGCGACAAAAUACUGAGAAAGAAUUUUACUUCGACUUAAAGCUGUGCGGAGCAUACCGCACAGUGUCCCUGAACUCGGCCCUAGUACUGACCGGGAUCCUGCCCCUGGACCUCCGCAUACGGGAAGCAGCCGAACUGUACAGAGCCAGAAAAGGCCUGACCCGUGCGUUGCCUGACGACAGGGAGGUGGAGGUUGCGUCAAGGUACACGGAGUCUCCUCACCCGGCCCUUUGCCAGGAGCUGAGCUUUACGAGCCUUCCGGACCGUGAAGCUCUGGAAAGAUAUGCGGUGCAGCAAGUAAAUAUGUAUACCGACGGCAGUAAAAUCGAGGGCAAAGUAGGAGCCUCCCUUUCCACAUGGAAAGGUGAGCGCGAAGACCGAGCCAUAAAAAUUACAUUAGCCAACUACUGCACCGUAUAUCAGGCCGAACUCCUGGCAAUACACAGGGCGACCGAGGAGAUUAAGAGGAGGGGUGAGGCGAGCUUCGGUAUCUUCAGCGACUCAAGAGCUGCUCUUGAGACGCUGACAAACCGGGGCUCGCUCCACCGCUUAGCUCUGGAGGCAAGACGCAACCUUCAAGCCGCCUUUGACCAGGGCAAAGAUGUCUCCUUGUUCUGGGUCAAGGCACACGCUGGACUCGCGGGCAACGAGAGGGCGGACGAGCUGGCGAAGGAGGCAGCGCUUUCGUCGGGGAGGAGGGCGGACUACGACCGGUGUCCAGUCUCAUUCGCCAAGCGCUUCAUACGCGAAGAGACGCUGGCCGAAUGGGCCGGGAGAUACGCGUCCGGUUCAACGGCCUCCGUGACGAAGGUGUUCUUCCCGGAUGCGGUGGCUGCGUACCGGCUUGUAAGAAAGAUCCAGCCGACGGGGGCCGUGACUCAGCUAAUGACGGGGCAUGGCGGGUUCUCCUCGUACCUACAUAGAUUCAAGUGCAAGGACAACCCAUCAUGCAUCUGCGAGCCGAGUAAAGAGGAAACCGUGGAGCACCUAAUAACAGAAUGCCCGGUCCACGACUAUGCGCGAAUAAAGUGCGAAGCCGAAAUGGGAGUGCCGAUAAAGUGGGAAAACGUGCGUGCCUCGCGUAACACGUGCGAGCGGCCGGCCGCAGCAACACACACGGCCGGCGACGCGGUGCGACCGCCCCGUCUACAUCCCGCGGUACCCUCCUAG